AAUAGCAAGGAUGAUUGUAACAACUUACAAUUGCGGCUGUCCUAUAUUGAAGAAGCCUUCAUUGAUCGCUGGAUCAACCGGAUUGCAAGCACCUUGUUCACCUUGCUGCUUUCGUCCAUCCAGUUCUUCGUAUCAAUCGCGAGGACACGCGGGUCAAUGCUACGUGCAAUCUAAAACUAUCGAAAAACCGAAACGCAUCAUAUCCAGAGACAAAGUUCCCUGCCGCAUUGAUUUAAAAAAUUCUCGUUAUGCUCCGUCAUAUCCACAGUAUAUUCCAUCCCCGUACUUAUCAUCGAUCCCUCCGAAAUGCUCCAAUUGUUGUCCCAUAAAUGUAUCCAGGAUCUCUUCACGAAGACCGAUAAGUGCUACGACAACUUCCAUGUCAAAAGAUAGCAUGAGCAAGCAGUCUUCAAAGAGCAGAAGCGAAUCGAGGUUGAAGAAGAAACUCGAAAUGUCAAACAAGGAACAAGCUCCGACUGACAAAAUUGUAUCGGAGAUUGUUAGAAAAAGACAGCCGUACAAAGAGAUCGAAGCUGUCAUCAAUGACAAUCGUGUCAUCAUCAGGAUGCACAAGGAGUCGGUCAAAGAAGAGUACGAUCCUCCGUGCGAAUGCGUCGGCCAGGUAGAUGUAAAAGAAUCGGCGUCCAACUUAAAAAAAUGCGAUGACGGCAUUGCGUUCGACAUGGCCAAUGGAAGUUUGGAACUCUGUCGUACUUCUCGGGAAGAUACGUCAUCGAUGAAGAAAAUCCGCGAUCGAGAGGAGACGGGAUGUCGUACGCUCAUGUUGUAUCCGAAUGUAAAAGAUGGCGAUAACAUUGGACAAAUUUCUGCAGCUUCUCACCUGGAAAGCGAGAGAAAUAGAAGAUCAAAAGUAAAAAGACUAAUUGAUCUGGAAGAGAAUCCGAAUAUAUUCUUACUGAGAAUCAGAAAGCACUGCGAUAGUGGCGAUAAAAAGCAGAAGAUUGAUCUUGAGUUUCGAGCACCGCGACCGUGGCUACCCAGGAAAGAUAAGAAGAAGAAACAUCUCACAGACUUGUCUGAGAAAUUAGAGGAAUACGAAGAUAAAAUUGAAGAAAACGACGAGCAGAUCGACAUUGACAAAGAAGCAGAUGAGGAAAAUGACGAAUAAGAAAGA